AUGUCUCCCACUGUGCCCGGCAUCGCCUUCGUGACCGGCGCCAAUGGAAUCAGCGGACUAGCCAUCGUCGAGCAUCUGAUUCGACAGCCAAGCUCAGAAUGGUCCAAGAUCGUCAUCACGUCACGCAGUCCGCUGAAGAACUACUACGUCGAUCCUCGAGUGCGGUUCAUCGCGCUCGACUUCAUGCAGCCUGCAGAGACAAUCCAAGACCAAAUCAAGGAUGUCUGCAAGGAUGUAACACAUGCGUUCUUCACUUCGUACAUCCACGACAAUGACUUUGACAAGCUGCCGGAGAAGAACGGGCCGCUGUUCCGCAACUUUCUGGAAUCUGUCGAUGUCGCGUGUCCGGAAUUAGAGCGCGUCGUUCUGCAGACUGGUGGAAAGCACUACGGAUUCCAAUUCCGCGAGAUCCACUCGCCCACAGUAGAAAACCUCCCUCGAUACGAAGGCCCGGAACCCAUCUUCUACUACGAGCAGGAAGACGAUCUGUUCGCUAUCCAGAACCGCCGAAAUGCCUGGCAAUACAAUAUCAUUCGACCAGUGGGCAUCCUCGGAUUCACUCCGCAAUUCGGCGGCAUCAACGAAGCCAUCCCCAUCGCCCAGUACUUUCUCGUCUGUCGCGAACUCGGCACCACUCCUCGCUGGCCCGGAACUCUCGAGAGCUAUAACCGAGUAGAAGACAUGUCGUACGCGCCUUCCAUCGCCAGCUUGACUGUCUGGGCCGCGACACAGGACCACUGCGGUAACGAAGCUUUCAACCACAUCAACGGCUCCGUCAUCGUCUGGCGGUUCCUGUGGAAUAUGUUCAGUCAGUACUUUGGUGUGGCGCUGGAUUCGCAGGAAACUCCGACGGAGGAGACUGCUCCCAUGGACAUGGCGGAGUGGGCUAGCGAUAAGGGGCCUGUGUGGGAGCACAUUGUGGCUAAGUAUGGAGGCAAAGUCGAGAGUUUCCGGCUGGACUCGUUCGCGCUGAUGAAUUGGUAUAUUACGCCGUCGCAGCAGAAGAUGCCAUUCAUGAGUACAGUGUCAAAGGCAAGGAAGAUGGGCUGGUCGCGCGUUGAUAAUACCUACGAGUCGUGGAUUGCUACUUUUCGAUCGUACGAGAAUGCGGGUGUUUUGCCGGUUCAGAGGGAUUUCACGGUUGAGUGGUAA